GAUAUGCAAUUCAAUGGACGUUCGAUAUUGUCCCUUCCUCCCGUUAAUUCAUUUAUUCACAAGGUCAAGUUCAACAUUGAAGAGAAGAAGAUUUAUGAUGAGGUAGAAAAAGAAGCAAAGAUACUAUUUAAGAAAUGGAGAGAAUCAAAGAAUUCUAAGGAUAAUUACGCCACAAUCUUGGAAAUACUUAUGAGAUUGCGACAGAUCUGCAACCAUCAUAAACUUUGUGCAGAACGAGUGAGAGAGAUUCUGGAAGCACAUGUUAAUAUUUUUGAUAUGAACGACGAUAAUAUCAAGUCAUUAGUGAACACAUUGAGAGUUAUAAUUGAAAAUAAUGAAGAUUGUUGCAUCUGCUUGGAACCGCUGACCACACCUGUAAUCACGCAUUGUAAACAUGUGUUUGAUAGAGAUUGUAUUGAGAAAGUUAUUGAUAAAGACAAACAUGCUUGUCCAAUGUGUCGUAGUCCAGUUCAAAAGAAUCAAUUGAUUGACCCACCUCCCGAACGAGAAUCAAUUGAUGAGGAGAUCGGAAACUUAAUCACAUCGGAUUAUCAACCAAGCUCAAAAAUUAAAGAUUUAUUGGAAUUUCUUAAGGUAUCGAAUGAAAAUGAUCCUACAACUAAAUCGGUGGUCUUCAGCCAAUGGACAUCAUUUCUAAAUUUGAUUGAAAUCGCCUUUAAAGAGGCUAAUGUCAAAUUUGUCCGAUUGGACGGUAGUAUGUCGCGCAGCAAACGCGAACAGUCAAUAAAUGAUUUCACUUACGAUCCUGAAGUUAAAGUCUUUCUGAUUAGUUUGAAAUGUGGAUGCCUUGGUUUGAACUUGACUGCAGCGAAUCAAUGUUUUCUAAUGGACCCUUGGUGGAAUCCGAGCAUUGAGGAUCAAGCAGUCGACCGAAUUUAUCGAUUAGGUCAAACUCGACCUGUUUCAAUCUUUAGAUUUGUAAUUGAGAAUACGAUUGAAGAUCGUGUGAUUGAACUUCAAGAAAAGAAGCGUGUAUUG